AUGACUUGGUCAUUUUUUUACUUUUUCUUUGUUCAACGGUCAGGCUUGAACCCGGAUUGUUCAUUUCCAUUGCAACAGGCUGGGUAUCCCCCUGCCCACCAGGCAGUUGUUGCUACUGUGGCCGAUGGUCCUGCUGCUGCUGCUGUGCAUUACUUUUGCUGGUGGGUACCCUGGGAGAAGACCCCCUUGGGUCUUUUGAGUAAACCAACGGAAAAACACUUGUCCAACGUUUUCCAAACACACAUGAUUACCAGAUUCCAACGGUUGCCACUGCAGGUGGUGAAACCAUCAGAAAAACGGCUCCGCAAACCUCCAGCUGCCGUUUGGGCCCGGAGAACCAUGUGUUCUUUCGACCUCAGGAAACUGGCGCCUCGUCGUUCCCAUCAGGCGCGAGGUCGCAGAUUGCUCACCAACGUCCUCGCAAGGCUAAUCAGGCAUUCUCUCCAAGCCGAGAGAGGCGAGCAUCUCCUCAACCUUCCCAAACUGGCGCCUCGUCGUUCCCAUCAGGCGCGAGGUCGCAGAUUGCUCACCAACGUCCUCGCAAGGCUAAUCAGGCAUUCUCUCCAAGCCGAGAGAGGCGAGCAUCUCCUCAACCUUCCCAAACUGGCGCCUCGUCGUUCCCAUCAGGCGCGAGGUCGCAGAUUGCUCACCAACGUCCUCGCAAGGCUAAUCAAUCGCUCUUCACGGGCGCAAGGACACAGGCGUUAUUACAACGGUGUGUGA